AUGGAAGAGGAAGAAGAAGAAGAGGAGAAGGAAGAAGAAGAGGAAGAGGAAGAGGGGAGUGAUGAAGUUCUGUCGGUUCUGAGGAAGGAACAGCAUAGACAGUAUUGCAGGAAGGAGCGAUGGGUCAAAUGUCAAAAGGAAAGAACGAUAGUGAUGACCAUUCCCAAUGUUCUUAUACUGAGGAGCGAUUAG